AUGCCUGUAUUCUCUAGGUUAGCCGCUGCUGUUCAGCUCUUUGCUGUAAUCCUGUCGCCAGUUCUUGGUGCCGCCGCUAAGCCCGAGUAUGACUAUGUCAUUGUCGGAGGCGGUGUCACUGGAUUGAUUGUUGCCAACCGCAUCACCGAGGACAAGAGCAAGACUGUCCUUGUCGUUGAAGCGGGUGACAACGUCGAUACCGAUGCAACCAAGAUCCCAUACAAGGCCAAUGACUUGACCUCUGCGGCUGGUUUGAUCUGGGAGAACAUCAACUCCCUACCUGAGCCAGCUAUCGGCAACACAUCGUACCAGGUUGUUGUUGCCAAGGUCCUCGGUGGUGGAUCUGUCAUCAAUGGCAUGGUCUACGACCGCGGCUCAGCUGCCGACUACGAUGCGUGGGAGGCUCUCGGCAACAAAGGAUGGGGUUGGAAGGGAAUGGAAGAGGCCUUCAUCAAGGGUACCACUUUCCAACCUCCCACUCCCGAUGUUGUCAAAGACUUCAACAUCACUUGGGAUGAGUCGACUUACGGUAACGGACCGUUGACCGUCUCCAUCACAUCCAACCAAUAUGAGGAUAUCAAGGACUACUGGGCGGCGUGGAAGGCCACUGGUAUCUACGUCCCAGAGGAUGGAAACGCCGGCGAAGCCUAUGGUCCUUCUUGGUACGCCAACACCAUGGAUGCGACCACUGGACGCCGCGCACAUGCUCGCUACGCGUACUACGACCCCAUUCAGACUCGUGCCAACCUCCACAUCCUCACAGGCACCACCGCCGACAAGAUCAUCUUCGACAACAAGAAGAAGCCGCUCAUGGCUACUGGUGUCGAGGUUACCGACAAGACUGGGAAGACUUCCACCUUCUACGCUAAGAAAGAGGUCGUUCUGGCUGCGGGCGCUAUUCAGACACCUAAGCUCCUUCAGCUCAGUGGUAUUGGCCCCAAGUCCGUCCUGAAGGCUGCCGGUAUCGACGUCAAGGUUGAGCUCGAUGCUGUAGGCUCCAACUUCCAGGACCACCCCUACGCCACCGUUGUCUUCAACACCACUUCCAACUACUUCCCCAACCAGAACUCGCUGAUGACCAACGCGACAUUCAACGCUUCCGCUUGGGAGCAGUACGUUGAGCACAAGACUGGCCCUUACACCUAUGCCCGCGGUAACGCCCUGGCUUUCAUCUCCCUGCCUGACAUUACCAAGGACUUCAAGUCUCUUAUCAGCACCCUUAACAGCCAGACCGCCACCGACUACCUUCCUAGCGUCUACAAGAACAGCAAGAAGCUCGCCAAGGGCUUUGCUAAGCAGCGUGCAGUCAUUGCUGACAUCUUCGGCCGCAAGGAUGCAGCCGUGGCCGAGUUCCCCGUUCCCGCGGACGGCUCAUACGGUCUUGUCGGUGUCGAGAAGCCCCUAUCUCGUGGUACAGUCUACAUCGACGCAAAGAACCCCAACGGCCCUCCCAACGUCGUCUACAACGCCUUUGUCAACCCCAUCGACCGUAUGGUCAUGGCGGCUGGUAUGCGAUUCUUCCGCACCGUGUGGGCCCGCCCCGAGCUCGCCAGCCACAAGAUAUCCGAGACCGUCCCUGGUGCUCAAUACACCUCCGACAAGGAGAUUUACGAUGCCCUGCUUGCCCAGUCGAUGUUGUCCCCUACUCUCGCUCACCCAUCUGGCUCUUGCCCGAUGAUGCCCGAGAAGGACGGUGGCUGUGUCAGCGACAAGUUGAUGGUUUACGGCACACAACAUCUGUCUAUCAUUGACGCUUCUAUCAUCCCUAUCAUCCCGUCUUGCCAUCUCCAGGCCACCAUGUACGGUAUUGGUGAGAAGGCUGCUGAGAUUAUCAAGUCCAGUUUCAAAUCUACGUAUACGUCGGGAUACACUAUAAUGAAGCUACUCAAGAGCCAAAUCGAACAGAAAACGGGCGCGGGGUUCGUCACCCUGCUGCCUGAGGAGCCUGAGGAUAUGUGGCACGCCUACAACCUAAUCCAAGAACACGACCAAAUACGCGCCAAGGCAGUUCGUCGAGUUUCGAAGACAUCUGACGCCGGCUCAACGUCCUCGCAACGAAUCGCUCUAGACCUCACGAUCGCAGUAACCUCGACCGAUUUCGAUAUUGGCUCCGGACAACUCCAUGUGUCUGGUCGCGUAGCAAAAGAGAAUGAGCACGUAAAGUUAGGGCAACAUCACACAUUGGAUUUGGAGCUAAAUCGCAAAUUUACCAUCGAAAAAGCCGACGGUUGGGAUAGUGUCGCGUUGGAACAACUGAAGGAGGCAUGCGACGCAUCAAAACGAGCAGAACUGUGGGCUGUUGUACUAGGAGAGGGUACCGCGAACAUAUGCAUGAUCACUGAGCAUCAGACGAUACUACGACAGAAAAUUGAGGUCUCCGUACCCAGAAAGAGGAGAGGUGGCGUAGACGGGCACAGCAAAGGCAUGGACAGGUUCUUCUCGACAACGCUUUCGACGCUACUACGGCAAAUCGACCUACCGAACGCCCCCAGCACACCCCAAGGCAAGACCCUCCCGCUCCUCCUCGCCAGUCCAGGCUUCGUCGCGUCGGCGUUUCUACAGUACAUCAAGGAGGAAGCGACACGGACCACCAACAAGCCGCUCAUGGCCCUCAUACCCACGAUAAUCAUCGCGCAUUCCUCAUCGGCGCACGUACACUCACUUAAUGAGGUGCUCUCGUCGCCGGCGAUAACGAAUAAGCUGUCCGACACGAAAUUCGCGCGCGAAACGGCAUUGAUGGACAAGUUCAACACGCUCAUGCGACAAGAUGACGGCCGGGCGUGGUACGGCCCGCGCGAGGUGGAGCGCGCCGUCGCCAAAGGCGCAGUUGGGCGCGGUGGUGGAGUGCUAAUGAUCAACAACGCCCUGUUUCGCGCGCAAGAUGUGAAAGAGAGGAGACGAUGGGUGAAGCUAGUCGACCAAGUGCGGGAUGUGGAGGGUGGCGAAGUCAGGGUGCUCAGCUCAUUACACGAGAGCGGGAAGCGACUAGAGGGCCUUGGAAACGUUGCGGCCAUUCUCACCUAUCCCCUGGAAGACCUGGAUGAGGAUGACGGGGAGGACACAGGCGGUGUUGAUGGCGAAGACGGCGAAAUGAUAAUAUAG